AUGUUUGAUGUUUUGAGAAACGACAGAGUAACUAUAAACGUUGGCGGUUUUCGACACAACACUUUUUUGACGACGUUAAAAAAUAUUCCUGAUACUCGGUUGUCGUGGAUUGCAGAGAACCAUCCGAACAGCCCCGAUUUCGACCCCGUGCUUGGAGAAUACUUCUUCGAUCGACAUCCACGAAUAUUUACCGAAGUUUUGAAUUAUUACCGCAUUGGCAAGCUUCAUUGCCCAGCCGAUGUUUGCUCGGCGCUAUUUCAAGAGGAAUUGUCGUAUUGGGGAAUAAACGAACGGGAUAUCGAGCCAUGUUGUUGGGUCUUGUACAAGCGGCAGAUGAACACAGAGGAGACACUUAAAACAUUUCAUCUUGAUAAUGCGAGGAAAGCGUCCGGAGGUUGCACAAGCAAUGCUAAAGGUGAGAAAAAGCGGGCAACCAUAGCAAGCUUGUUUGGAUCAGAGAUUGUUUUAACGAGAAAUAAUCGUGAAAGAUGGAGGCAAUUUCGGCCCAAAGUUUGGGCGCUGUUGGACGAUCCACGCUCUUCUCUUGCGGCAAAGGUGAGAAUGUAGAGAUAACUUUUAAUUUUAAUUUGUCUAUACUUGUCGAUCCUGAGAAGAAACUUUUCCUCCCGUAAUUUACAUAUUUUUCGAAAGAGGAAGAACAAAUUUGUCAGGUAAAUUAGUUUUCUCUUUUAUUUUAGUGGCGAUUUUGAAAAGCUCGCUGAAAAUCUCUCAAAGAAUUCAUGUUGCAGAAAACUGUCUCAGAGACAAAUUUAAACUAAGGAGUACUUUAUCUCUUUAAUUUUUUUUUUAUUUAUCUUGUAGGCAACAAGAGAAAAAAUGUAUUUAUCUAGGGAAAUUAUAUUUCAUCGAUACUUCUUUUAAUCAUGCAAAAGAUGUUUCUCUUUGCAUAAAAAUGACCGAGCUGUUGUUAUAGUUAUCUCACAGCAAGGGUUACCAUUCAUCCCGAAAAAAUUCAGUUUCGACACUUCACUAUCCUUUGAUAAGCUCUAAGUGUGCAAUUUGCGAAUUGCACAACCCUUUUAGAGAGAAAUUAUACCUGAACAUAACUAGUCGUAUCUUCAACCAUUGGUCAAAUACGGACUCAUUCAAGUCCAUAACCAACAGAUUAAACGCAAUCAAGGUGGCAGGUGUUUUUCGGAGAAGAUCUGUCAUAAAUGCGCUGCAAACACCUGAUCGUUUUAACCUUCAUUUCAAUUUCUAAACAGUGCUGAUCAAUUCAUUUUAAACACGAUUGACAAUUCAGUUCAAAAGCUUGAUAGAAACACGACUAAGAAACAGAAUAAGGUGGUGAUAAGGAAAGGAGUCUUGGUUUGUUUUUUUUUUAAUGGAGGAGGAAAUCGAACCCCAGAGCCUCUAUUUUUUUUCUGAUUUCCCUUUGCCAAUAGGAUUUUAAGACACCGUUUUAAUGUGAGGGUCAUUCAAAAAGUCUUUUGAUUACCUUGAUAUUCAAUUGUUUCUUUUUAGACAUUUGGCGACAUAUUGACGUUUCCUUAGUGGGGGAUCAGUUUUGUAAUGUUCGCCGUGUGGAAAAAGUUUCCUUUACAGUAGAAAUUUAUCCACAAUUAAACCAUAUCUUUUGUAUCUCUACCUAUUUUUUGUCUAGGACUCCUCUUUUAGCUUCUAAAGACCAACUGUACCAAUCGAAAAUUGUCUUCAAAUGCUCUAAAAUUUUGAUUACAGACGCCACUAUUUCAGGAAAAAAAAAAACAAAAACAAAAAAACAUCAGUGAGUAACCAGUCAGAAAAACUUCCAAGAGAUGCAGAAUAAGAGGCAAGGCUUUAUUACAUCACAGGAAAGCUACCAGGCUGCUAAGCAAGACUCAAAAUGCUUGUGUCCUCAGUCUGAUUCCAAGCUAAUUUGAAACAAUUUUCGUAAGGCUAUGUUACUCUCUGGAAUCCCAAAACGCAGUCGCUCAUAUAAUUCCUCUACGCUUUCAAAUGGUGGAGAUAAAAAUCAUUCGGUUUCAAGGGUUUUCUCCUUUAUAAGAUCCCUCACCAAACAAAAACAAUUUUUUUAAGCUGGUUCUACAUUUUUUGCUUGAAGUUAGUUUUUUCUCUGGUUUGCUAGCAGUUUAUAUUUAUUUCAAUGAAAGGGAAACACCAAAUAUAGCCCUAGUUUCCCCUUUAAAAAUUUGGAACUUCAAGUCUUGGUUUCUGAAUACGAAAAUAAAGCCAGAGGAAAACUGAGAAAAACCCAUGCAGCAGAAACAAGAACCAGACAAGACCAGAUCUAUACAUGACAUCAGCGGGUUCGAGAAUUCACGCUAUACUGGACUUGCUUUUCCAUGCUAAUUGAAGAAUUCUCAAAUAUUUUUUAGGUAUUCAUUGGUUUGACAAGUCUGUUUAUCUUGGUCUCAGUCACGCAAUUCUGCCUUAGCACCGUGACAUCCAUCAAAGAUAACGCAACGCUGAUGAGGAUCUUGCGGAUUCUAGAUGCCGUGACAUCGAUUUGGUUCACAGUGGAAUUUUUUCUUCGUCUCAUCUUCUGUCCGAAUUUCAAAAACUUUGCAAAGAAUCCCAUGAACUGGAUCGAUCUACUUGCUGUUUUACCAUUUUAUCUUUCAUUGUACCACAUCGAAACAAGAACAUCUUGGCUUGUUGUGAUGAGAACGCUAAGAAUUUUCCGCAUUUUCAGUUUGUCCUUUUCAUUCCAAAUCUUAUUCCAUACACUAAUAUCAAGCAAGAAUGAGCUCUUUCUGGUGUUUUUCAGCCUUAUUGUGCCAAUCAUUUUAUUUUCGAGCAUGAUUUACUUCGCUGAGAAUGAAAACAACGAAGAAAUGUUUCCCAGCAUCCCCGAGUCUUUUUGGUGGGCUAUCGUGACUGUCACAACACUCGGGUAUGGUGAUGUAGUUCCGGUAACGAAAGUAGGGAAAGUUAUAGGAGCAAUGUGCGCUAUCUGCGGCGUCAUCAUAAUUGCACUUCCGGUCUCAGUGAUUGGCAGCAACUUCUCGUAUUUUUACAUGCAAGCGCGCACGCGUAUACAACAACCGCGGCGGUCUACAAAGAUGGCCCCGCUUUCGCAGGUUCCCGCCAAUUUAAUGUAUAAGCGUUUACCACGCAGGCGCAGUGGUUCCGGAUCAGAAGCUAAUGGAAGUGUGCCAAGGAGGUCACGCGUAAGAAAACGGUCAAGUAGCAAGAGGAGCAUAUCUACGCAUGCGUCAUACGGGCGCAGACCGAGCAGGAAGUCAAAUUCAACGUAUGGAAUUAGAGCAAGUGCCCUAGAGAUGGUGGAAAUUUUAAAGCAAGAUCAACGAAGAGAGACAAUGAAAGAGGAAACGUGA